AUGGGAGCCGGCGAAACUAUCACUCCCUGUCUAACUUCAACCACCCUCUUUCCGCCUAAAGACGUGCAUCACAAGAUCACGCCGGUUGAUUUGGUUGCGAAAGAGAAGACUCUGACGAAGAGGUUUGUGUUUGAUGUAACCAGUUUAGCUACACUGAAAGCCAAAGCAGCUGCCAAAGGCUCGUGCGUUGACGACCCUACUUGUGUUGAAGCCGUAACAGCUCUUAUAAGUAUGUCUGCCAAAAAUGCCAGAAGAGGAAAGUCACUGCAAGGAAGGUCAUCAAUGGUGAUAACCCAUGUAGUGAACUUAAGAGCACGAACCGUUCCACCGUUGCCGGGGCAUGCUUUUGGGAAUAUUUGGCAGCUUACCAUUGCACCAAUUGUUGAGGUGGAAAACAAGACACAGUGGCAAGAUUUGGUGGUUCAGCUGAGGAGAGCAAUCGGGAAAAUUGAUGACAAUUAUGUGAAGAAGCUCCAAGGUGAAGAUGGAUUACACCAGGCUAGUGAGUCUAUGAAAGAAGUACUAGACAUAGCGUCAAAAGGGAAGGUUGAGUUUUACACGUUUAGCAGUUGGGUUGGUUUUCCAUUUUAUGAAACUGAUUUUGGAUGGGGAAGGCCUAUUUGGGUAUGCAUUAGUAAUGUGCCCAUCAAAAAUGUUGUUAUGUUGAUGAGCACUAGAUCUGGCAAUGGAAUAGAGGCAUGGGUGACCUUGGGAGAAGAAGACAUGGCUACAUUUGAAAACGAUCAAGAGUUACUCCAAUUCGCUUUUCCUGUAUCAAGCUCUUAG